AUGGCGACGAUGAAAGCUCUUACAGUCGACAGCACCGGCACUAAUGUCAUCAUACACGACUUGCCGCUCCCUGAGGUCCGCUCGACUUACAUGCUCGUCAAGACCGCGGCCGUAACCGUGAAUCCUGCCGACAAUAUCGUCCUCGAGUACGGGCUCGUCAAAUCCGGCCACAAUUUCGGCUGCGACUGGGCUGGUACCGUCGUUUCCGUUGGCCCCGACGUGGAACGGUCCUUCAAACCCGGCGACCGCGUCUGUGGCAUGUCCAAGCCCACCGACGGCGAGCGAAGCGACGUGGGAGUCUUCGCCGAAUACAUCGUCGUCAAAGCCGACCUUGCUCUGCACAUACCAGACCAUAUGUCCUUCACCGACGCUGCACCUCUAGGAAUCGUCACCGUCACCGCGGGACGCUGGCUCUUCGACAAAUUCCGCAUCCCCUACCCCACCGUCUCCGCCGACGGCACUCUAUCCCCACCCACCACCCGCCCCCGCCAGAUCCUCAUCUACGGCGGGAGCACCGCCAUGGGCACCAUGACAAUCCAAUACGCCAAACUCGCCGGCUUCUUCGUCAUCAGCACCGCCUCGCCACACAACAAGUCCCUCGUCUCCUCCUACGGCGCCGACGCCGUCCUCGACCACUACUCCCCCACCGCGCCCUCCGAAAUCCUCGCCAUCGCCGCCCACAAUUCCUCCCAAUACGGCCCGCUCACCCUCUGCCUCGACUGCAUCGGCCUCCCCUCAACCACCCAUUUCUGUUCCCAGAUCCUCACCCCAGCUUCCCCACCGCCUGACCCCUCUGCCCCCCCAGAUUUCUUCCCUUCGGAACAAGACAUCGAUCUCGACACCCACGUAGGCAAGAUCUACGGCACCCUCACGCCCCUCACGCCCCCCUUCCCUUUCCCCGACAACGACGACCCAAAAGUCCGCACCGUCCGCACGCUAGGCUACUCAUUCCUCAACGAGCCGUACGACUGGCUCGACGGACGCGUCGUGCCGGCCUCCCGCGCCGCGUUCGAGGAGGCGCGUGAUUUUGCGGUGCUGGCGGAGAGGCUGCUGAAGCUGAAGAUCGUGAGGCCGCAUCCCGUCGAGGUGCGGGCGGGGGGGUUGGAGGGGGUGAUGAGGGAGGGGUUGCUGGAGCUGAGGGCGGGGAGGGUUAGUGGGAGGAAAUUGGUGUUUUCCCCUCUGUGA